AGUUCAGAGCCUAUUGCACCGAGAUUCAUCGACAUUCAGAACUUGAGGCAAGCUCAAUGGUUGCAUUGGGAGAAACGCAACGGGUUGUAUAUGUAUUACUUCACUCACCCCGUACAUGGUGACGUGCGAUUUUUGCUUCCUUGUAUCGCUUUCACUAGGAUACUCGAAGGAAGCAACAUUGAGUUUACUCCCCCUGCAGAGGCUCUCUACACGACAGAUGGUGAGUAAGCGAUGGAGGUAUCUGAGAAAGAGGAUGACGAGAUGGAAGAAGAUUCAGAUGAGUAUAGACCAGAGAGGUAUCACUUCCAGGACUACACAGCGCCUAGAUAAGGCAAGAGUUUGGUGGAAGCUCACAAGCGUAUCAGUACACUUCAGAAGUGGAACAUGCUGCAAGACAAGGCAAUAAAAUCUAUGAAAUCGAAGAUGAAGAGCUUCAUGAGUAAGUUUAGCUGCGCCUCCACCACCACAGCUUUUGCAGACACUACUCCGCAGGAUGCUAGACCAGUGCAGCGUCGUUUGUCCACGAGUGAUGUCCCAGCACGCUACAGAACUCCUUCUCCAUCACGUCAUUCCGCUUAUGAGUAUAGAGAGCAUAAUGUUUCUUCUUCUCCUCUAAGACAGUCCUCCCCUGAGCUUAGGGCUAGCAAGAAGAAGGAGAAAAGGAAAAAGAAGAAGGCAGCGAGACGGAAGGCAAAAGCCAGUUCAUCACACUUGUCAGAGGAGCAUCAUGUUGAGGAUCUGACCAUGGAUCAAGCUGAGGAUCACAUUGAGGACCUGACUGUUGAUCCAGGUGCGUAUCAUUUCCAAGACCUCACUGCGGAUCCUGUCGAGCAGAACGUUGAGCAACCAGCAGAGGCUCCUCCUGUCCCGCCUGCACCAGGUGCUUAUACAAGCGAGUCCAUGACUCAAUACCUGGAUUGCUAUUUUCAGUAAGGUACUUAGGAGACAUGCAGAGCGAAGCAGAGGAACAA